AUGACCAGGAACAUCUCCGACGAUGGCGAACCGCCCACGUUCGUAGAAAUUCGGCAACGACGACGAACGUCGUCGGCGGACGGACGUCUCGUCGCCAUCUCGGGCAAGUUUCCACGUCUUCGAUCUCAGAGCACUGAAACUGGAAGAGUGAAGGGUAUGGAAUCUAUGGUAGGCAAAGCUCCUGCUCAUGAUGGGCACAAGUACAUCAUCACUUCACUGUCUCAGUCACAUGAGACCGUCCGAACGCCAAGUGUCAGACGGUUUUGUGCGGAAGUGAAUGCCUCCUCCACAACAAAGCCCGAGAUGAGUGACGAACCAAGAAAAGCCGCCUCCGUCGUGCUCUCCUGUCCCGGCGAACAGGUGCCAUGCACUUCAACACCAAAUAGAAAUAUCUUGGUUGAGCGGGAGCACGGUGAUGAGGUGGAGAUCGCUCACGAGGAAAGACCUCUUUUGGAAGAAACGAGGAACUUCCCCACGUCUUCACAAAAUGUGAAUGAAAAUCACAGACACCCAGUGGAGUUGAUCAGCGAUGGCCGCGAAAUAAGGCAUUCCCAUUCGGUUCCAACGAAUCCGGAUUACGAGAAAAGCAAACCUGCCGACUGCCCAGCUUCUGUUGAUGAUGAAACCUCCCACUCAAGUAUAGUGGGUUCGUCUCCAAUUGUUGUCAUCAAUCAGCAUCGCAAAGGAAUUCCGAUUUUGCUCGACGGCGGCAAAAAUCGAAAAAGGUGUACCAUCACAGACAUUGACUGGUUCGCUGCCUUUAAUAUGAAGGAACCACCGAGGUCGAAAUCUCCACAUAACCAGACUGUGGACGUUCUAAAAGAAGCAGAAAUUGUAGGCGGUCGUAGCCACUCCACGUUAGUGCCAUCAAAGCGGGAAGCUGAACGAAAGGAGAUGAACGAAUCUAAAAUCAAUAUUGACGACGUAUUCUGCGAGAAUUCUGAGGUUCAGGCCGUUCGUAAAAAGUGCCCUUGUAGCGCUUGUAACCUUCUGCAGUUGAACGAUGACGAAAGAAAACAACUGGGACGACAAAGCUCAAGACCACCAAAGUGCAUUUUACAUACCGAUCUUCCAGAACCGCCAUCAUCAAAUAUCACGCCUGCCGUAGAGAUUUCUCUGGAUGAAAUAUUCUGCGUGGCUAAUAGCAGUACAACCCAGGGCGAAAUAGUGGGAAAUGGAAAAGAAAAAGGUAGAAGCAUAAAAAAUAUUUACGACCGUUCUGCAAACAGUUGUGUGAUCGGAUCUGCAGCGCCGUUACGCGAGCCGGAAACAGAUGUGAGGAAAUCGUCUUCGUCACCAGAGUAUCCGAAUUCGGGUUCUAGGCAAACUACAUGGAACGAAAAUGUGCAAACACGUUCAUCGGAUUUCAAACUAACUGCAGAAGAAAUAGAAUCAAACGAAUACGACAGAGCUCAUAGGGCACCCUUGGAACCAGUACCGUCAAUCGCUGAACACCGUCUAUCAAACCCCGAAUUGUACAACGGAGCCCCACAGUCACUUAACUGGGUGGAAAAGCUGGUCGUUAGUGGUGACGGCGGUUCGUCUGUAAACUCCAACACUUACGAAAUCUUGAAAACGACUUCCACAACUUUUGCACCAAGGAGGCCAGCACGUGGCAAAGAAGUGAAUGAAGAAUUAACACAUAUGGAGGUAAAAACAGCGAAUGGGUCGGUUCCCAGUUUGCGGUUAGGCGAUAGGGCAACCGUACCAAAGACUAGAGAAUGGCAAAAGGCGGGUGAGAUAAGACAGAUCAAUCAUGAGCAGAUUUUCAUUGGUUCAGCGAAUAACGUAAAGAAUAUUCGAAAAAGUGGAUAUGACCCCCACACGACGACUCCGGUCGGUACUAAGAGAAAAGGAGAGAAAGUUGAGCCUGUGAUGGCCGGAGAGCACCCUACUAAACUUCGAGCAGACCUUAAUGCAGCUGAACUUCAUGGACACGCAGAAUAUGAGCCAACUGACAAAGAUCGGAGCCCCUCAAACUUCCAGCGUGAUCCUGAGUCUUCGAUCUCCACACUAGACCCGGAAGAAAUACAUUUUCCUCAUGGCAGAAAAACUUUGGUCGGGGACAUUUUGAGGAAGCCAAGCGUACUUGAAGAAACAUCGUUUAAUACAGAUCACUUGUCUCCAAAAGAAGAUGUGACUAGGGCUUACUGCCAACGGCUAUCGCAGUUAAAAUCUGAACUGGGACUAGACAAGAUGGAUUCCGAGGAAACGAAAGCGCCAACAUCUCUACAGUGUUCGAAAUCUGUGGACGCGGUUAGACCAGUGUACUUUUACGGUGAACAAGAAACCAGUGAUGGAGCGAUGUCAGGAGCAGAGCAAAAAACCUUUGAUCAUGAUGCGAUGAUUGAUGUGGCAUUUAGUGAAGUUCUAGAUGGCGAGAAGAGUGAUCAGAUAAGUCUUGGUGAUUCGUCGUUAUCUCAAACCCUUCAGGAACCUGAAGUAAGAGACGAGUGUUCACGUACCAAAAGAAGUCGGAACCUAACUCAGGAACCUGAGCUUGAUGACGGUAGUAGGAGACCAACUGUUCACGUCUUAGAAGGGACUGGGGUGAAAGAAUACGUUACGAAAUUACUCGAGCAUUCAUUGGAUGAUGCUGUUUCUUCGGCUUCAACAAGUUUGAAAAAAAAAUUAGAAAGCAAAGAUGAUUGUUACCUUUUGACAGACACUUCUUUCGACAGGAAACAUCGGAAGCAAUGGCCUCUGAGCGAUGAGGAGCAGGAGGAGGGAAACGAGCACGAAGAGGAUCCAAUUUUAAGAGAAAUUUUUACUUCUAACAUCAAUAAUCAACAGUUAAUGGAGUCGGUUAUCUCAUAUCCACUUUCAGUAGCUCCAUCUGAUUUGACCCCACCUGCCGUUGUGACAUCAGGACUAAACAAAUUAAAAGAAGAGUCUGAUGGUUCCUUUCAUUCUCAUUCUCAUGCUCAUCGGAAUACUAGCGGCGAUGUCACUUACGUAUCUAAUGCUAGUAUGGUGAUGAAUGACACGCAUUCGUCGUCCGAUGCUGAAUUUGACGAGGACCAUAUUAUGAAGUUGGUCUUCUCGCAGCCAAUAGAGAUUUGUAAACUAGAGCCACGGAACCCCACGAAUUCUUCACAGAGUCGUGAGCCGGUGUCAGCAGCCGAAGAAGCUAGUCAAACACCCGACAGUUCGGUCCAUUGCCAGAUUUCCUUCAGAGAAAAAGAUGAAAAAGAAAUGGGAAUUCACAGCGAAAUUUUCCAUUUUUGUUCAGAUUUGUUGUCUUCACGAGCGAGAAAUCUGCUCACCGAUGAAGACGUUGCCGACAUGGUCUACUCAGCGAUGAACAGCAAUCGGUUCAACGAGGAAAUAAAUCCACAGGGGAACAUCAACUUCUGCACGGCCGAAAACAAUUUGUGUGCAGACGAGGUGAUGUCGCGUCUGCGACGGCACGGCUUCUCCCCGACUGAAGCGUCUUUGGUUCAUUAUCCACCUGCAGGCGGACAUCUGACUACCAAGCGUGUGAUGUUAGAGUAUCUGUCUGAAUUCAUGUCGGCCAAGGUAGAGGAGAAUGAACUGGUGAUUCUACCGUCGACCAUCUCCGCCUACGAUAUGCUGUGUCAUUGUAUGUGUGAAGAAGACGACAUAGUGCUGACGGGCGCCGCGACAUAUGCAGCCUCUGUGAGGAAUGUUGGAGCUCGGGCCCAUUGUCGAAUACGAACGGUUGAGGGGGAAAUCGUACGAGCAGUGCUCAUCAUCAAUCCACAUAACCCGCUCGGAGCAGUUUUUCCACCUGAGGAAGUUAUUCAAUUGUGCAAUUGGGCGACAAGAAAUAAUCUUGCUGUUUUAAUAGACGAGUCAUUCUCGUCAUGCGUUUUUGGUUUAUCGUCGUUCAAGAGUUUUUUAUCUUAUCGACAUCAACUAGAGCAGCCGAAAUAUGUAGCGUAUAUGUGGAGUUUGAGCAAGGAUUUUGGUAUUCCUGGUCUGAAAAUUUCUGUCGUGCAGACUUCGUCAUCGGAGCUUAUGAUGUCGCUCUCACGCCUGGAGCUCAUUCAUCCGGUUUCUGCGUUGGCUCACGAUGCUGCCACAGUCCUUCUUUCUGAUCAUGAUUGGUUACGAAGGUUCCAUGCGCUUAAAUUGGCUAAAAUGUCUGCUCACUACGAAUUUGUGGCCAAACAUCUUCGCGAGAUCGGCUUAAAUUUUAUACCCACAGUUGCUGGUUGUUUUAUCAUGGUCGAUUUCAGAAAGGCUAUUUUAUCAAUGCUGAAUUUGGACUUGCAGCACCUCCGCUCGCAAACCUUCGCCAGCGAGUUGUCAUUGUUUCAUUCGUUAUGUGACCGAGGAGUGAUGUUGACCCCAGGGCAGCACGUGCUUGCUCACGAGCCUGGAUGGAUGCGGCUCGUGUUCACUUGCAACAAAAGCGAACUUGUCGAAGGUGCUCCGAUAAAAAUUUUUGCCUGA